UCCUCUGGCCGCUUCCUUCACUUCCGUUGUUUCUUGUUUCAGGAAUUUAGAUCACCUAAAUUUAAGAAAUAAAGUGAAAUCAAAUGUUUAAUUCGGAGGUUGGUCCCACCGAGUGGGAGACCAGGUCAGCCCCAUUUGAGUUAUAAAUAAUGCUCCUUUCUCUUUUGCAUGGCAAUGGCAGCAAUACCCAGCUGGGAUCCAUACAAAAACAAAAGAGACAGGAAUAUGGGCGACAUACAACUGCCGGGCUUCCGGUUUCACCCCACGGAGGAAGAACUGGUGGACUUCUAUCUGAAGAAUAUGAUCGGCGGAAACAAAUUGUGCCUGGACAUCAUCGAUCUGGUGAAUAUCUAUCAGCACGAGCCCUGGGACCUGCCCGGCAUGGCCAGGGUGGGAGAGAGAGAGUGGUACUUCUUCGUGCCCAGAGACAAGAAGCAGGGAAGCGCCGCCCGGCCCAACCGCACCACCCAGAAGGGCUUCUGGAAAGCCACCGGCUCCGACCGCAAGAUCCUCAGCUUCUCCCACCACAAGCGCCUCAUCGGCCUCCGCAAGACUCUUGUCUUCUACCAGGGAAGAGCUCCCCGCGGCCGCAAGACCGAUUGGGUCAUGAACGAGUUCCGCCUCCCGGACACUUUCACCUUCCCUAACAAGGACGCCGUAGUGCUGUGCAAGAUCUACCGCAAGGCUACGUCGUUGAAGGAGCUGGAAGAGAGGGCAUCGCGAUGCGAGGAGUCGUCGUCGUCGUCCGUGCCGACGCUCCGACCGAAGAAUGAACCGGUGGAAGAGACGGCGGAUCCUGGGCUGAACCUUCCGGAGUUGCAGUUACCCAUGAACACUGGGUGGACCCAAGACCCCUCUUGGGCUCAGUUAAACAGUCCCUGGUUCCAAUGUCUGACUCCUCUUUCCGUUUCCAACCUCCUCAACUGCUAACCCGACGCCUUAUUUCCUCCCAUUCUCUCUUCCAUGAAAUUCCCAACAUGUCCGCUCUCGGCCAAUUGUAACUCUGCCUGCGGUUCCAGAUGCCUCUUCUGCAAACUAAAUAAAUGCUCACUCAAUAUUCUCUCCUUUUUUUUUUUCCUUUUAAAUCUGCAACUACAUUUUUAUUUCAACCCCGUAAAUUUUCUCAUAUCCGCCACUCGCACAAAGCUGGAAUGAAUUCAAUUAAUUGUCACCCCCAUGACAUAUAUAG